CCUCGCGGACACGCAGAACUUCUGCAUUUUCUCCGUCCCUGACAGUUGUCUUUCACUGCUGUGUGAUGCCCCUUACCUGCUCUGCGAGCAUCCCUGCCCUGGCGCGGGAGAAACAUGGUCAAACUCAAGUUUGUUUAGAAGGGACCAGGAUCUGGGGAUCUUUCAAGGAAGAAGUGGAGGAGAUGGGGAGGGGGGGGCAUUCAAGUUGGAAAAGAAAGGCGUGGAGCAUGUAAUAGUUUUCUUUACUUGGCCCACUGACGAAGGAGGACCAGAGGACCCAGCUAGCUUAGUCGAUUUCGCCGCGUUGGAAGGAAGCAUCUUACUAGAAUGGAGGAAAUAGUGGUUAAGAACUCGGAUUCUGAGGAAAAUAUUUAAGAAGGUGGUGGAGUAAUAUGAAUCAGAGUAAUAUAGUAUCUGCAGGAAGUUCUACAAGAUAGAUGGAAAAGAAGAAUUUCUAGACUGACCAUCAAGAUCUUCAAUUAUACAGCUGUUCAAGACAAGGCUGCUUUGGUGAAACCAUGAAUAAAAAUGCAGCUGCUGUGGUAUCAUCUGAUCUGCUUAAAAAGGAUCCUGCAUUUCAGAUGAUUACAGUUACUAAGGAAGCAGGCCUUGGUCUGAAGAUUCUAGGAGGAAUUAACAGGAAUGAAGGUCCCCUGGUAUAUAUUCAAGAAAUUAUUCCUGGAGGAGACUGUUACAAGGAUGGACGAUUGAAGCCAGGAGAUCAGCUUGUCUCAAUAAACAAGGAAUCUAUGAUUGGUGUAUCAUUUGAAGAAGCAAAAAGCAUAAUUACCAGAGCCAAAUUGAGAUCAGAAUCUGCUUGGGAGAUAGCAUUCAUAAGACAAAAAUCAGACAGCAGUCAUCCAGAGAACCCGUCCUGUACAUCCCUUUUGCAAGAUUCAGAAGAAUAUGGUCCUCAAGGUUCAGCAUUUAGUCUUAUAACUUCCUCCCCUGAAAUACUAAUUCCAAAGACCUCAUCUACUCCCAAAACUACAGAUGCUGUUUUACCUUCUUUUAAGAUAAAUCAGAUAAAAGCUGGAUAUGAAAAAACAGAGCAGACUCCAAUUACUUCUUUGGACAACAACCCUACAAAUAUAUCUAAUACCGAUACUGCCCCUGCCUGCACUGAUAAUUAUGGACCCCAAGGAAAGAAGAUUUCCCUAAGUCCCUCUGUGCGCCUUAAGGCAGAGAAGCUAGAAAUGGCUCUAAAUUAUCUUGGUAUUCAGCCCACAAAGGAACAACACCAAGCUCUGAGACAGCAAGUACAAGUGGACCCAAAGGGGACAGUGUCUUUUGGAGAUUUUGUCCAGGUUGCCAGGAACUUGUUUUGCUUACAGUUGGAUGAAGUAAAUGUUGGCGCACAUGAAAUUUCCAACCUUUUAGAUUCGCAGCUCCUUCACUGUGAUUCUUUAGAAGCAGAUGAAAUGGAAAGACUUAAGCGUGAAAGAAAUGAUGCACUGGAAGAAGUGAAUAGACUUAAGGAAAAAUUGUUUGAAUCAGAAAGGCAAAGGAAACAAUUAACAGAAGAACUCCAGAUUGUGAAACAAGAAACCAAAGCUGUAGUUGAAGAAACAAGAGCCCUGCGAAGCCGAAUUCAUCUCGCAGAAGCUGCACAGAGACAGGCCCACGGGAUGGAAAUGGACUAUGAAGAAGUGAUCCGUCUGUUAGAGGCCGAGAUUACAGAGCUAAAGGCUCAGCUUGCUGAUUAUUCUGACCAAAAUAAAGAAGGUGUUCAAGAGUUAAGAAAGAGAAUCACAGUUCUCGACUGCCAAUUGCGAAAAUCAGAAAUGGCUCGAAAAACUUUUGAGGCUUCCACGGAAAAGCUGCUUCAUUUUGUAGAGGCUAUUCAAGUAUUUUCUGAUAGUUCUGCUCCUUUAUCAAAUUUAAGUGAAAGAAGAUCUGUGUUAGCUUCUCAGACUUCACUCACACCCCUGGGAAGGAAUGGACGUAACAUUCCAGCGAUGCUGGCACUGGAAUCUAAAGAACUUGUGAAAUCUGUUCGUGCAAUGCUUGAUAUGGAUUGUCUACCUUACGGGUGGGAGGAAGCUUACACAGCAGAUGGAAUCAAGUACUUCAUCAACCACGUGACACAGACCACGUCGUGGAUCCAUCCCGUGAUGAACACCCUGAACCUGUCCUGCUCAGAAGAAAAUGAAGAGGAUUGCUUCAGAGAACCUGACCAGAAGAGUUAGUGGUUCCCUGUAGGAAGCUGAGCUCUGUGGCCAUCUGGCAUCUCGGCCCACAUGGACAACUCUUGAGCAGUUCAAAAUAGGAGUAAGACACACGCUACUUACUAUAGUUGAGAAAUGGACACUCUGGAUUUAGGCUAUUUUUGUAAAACUUUGUGGUAUAACUGUAUGCAUUUAUAGUAUCAAUUGCCACUAUAGUAGUUCUUUAAGAAUAUCAUAUUUUUGUAGUCAUAGAUAAUUAAAUUUUAUAAUUAUGUACACUGUUCAUGUAUACUUAGCUCUUUGUAAUUUUAUAUAUAGUUAACUGCAUACAUUUGUAGUAUCAGUUGCCACUAUAAUAGUUCUUUAAGAAUGUAUUUUUGAAGUCAUAUUAAUUAGAUUUUAUAAUAUGUUUGCUGUUCAUUUAUAUUUAGCUCUUUGUAAUUUUAUAUGUAGUGAAGGAAUAUCAGAUACAAUGGUUUUUAUAUUCAGACAUUGGGAUUUCUGAGAACAUAGUGAAACACUUCAUUUAUUUGAUAAUUCACUAACCUCAUAUAUUCAAAUCUUAGGAGAGUGAUUGGGACAACGCUCUUUGGUGUUUCUUCAGGAUCACAUAUAGCCAGUUAUUUCACAGGCUCUUGAAUACAGCGUACAUCUUUAUGGAGCUUUCCAAUUUACAAAAUGUUUUCAGACCUGUUUUAUGUUAGCCAUACCUCAGCCUAUGAGACAGAUUUCGUGAGUAUUUUUAUUACAGUUAGGAAAAUCACAGUUCAGAGAAAGAAUGCACCUUGUCCAGCAACUGAGGCUCACACCUAAGUCUUCUGAUUCCAUGUCCAGUCCCCUUGCCACCCCCAGGCCCCUGCAGUAGGAGGUCACAGCCCUUCACACAGGGCUCCAUGGUUCUGUUGAUGCAGCUGAGUUCCACAGCUGUGCGCGCCAGCGGCCGCACACUCAGAAAGUGCCUCUGCAGUCAGGCGUGGCCUACACAUAACCCCACUGUUCUCUUCUGAACCCUCUCCCAUCUCCACCCCCAAACACUCAUCAAGUAGGAACACAGCCUUGGAGGGAUGGUUUUUCUGCAGCACAAUCUAAAAUCAAGUGACUGGCUGACGUCAGAAUUUACUCUGCUUUGGUUGCCCUUGCCAGGGGGAGCGUUUGAGGAGGCUUGAUGAGAAGAGGAUACAUGGAAUGUCCUCUGCCAUCAAAGAGACAUCCAGGGAUUCUUCAACACUGACCAUGUUAUUGCCAAUAUCACCUGCAAGCUAAUUUUCUUUUGAUUUGGCUUUGUUGUACUGUGAGGAUCCUGCUAGAUAGUUUUUGGGAGGAAUGAGCCAUUGACCUGGAGGUGCUAAAGAUUUUCUCUCAGUUUAAUUUUUUAAUUUUAAUUUUUUUUUUAGAUUUAUUUUUGCAUAGAACUUUGGAGUGUAGGCCAGAGUUGCAGGGAGGUGAGAGGAUCCACCAGAGACAGAGCGGGGAACACAACAGGCAGAGCUACUGAAAUACUGCUGAGGGGAGCAGCGGGCGAGACAGGAGAAGUCUACCGCGCCAUGUGGGUUUCUCCCUAGAGGGGGAUUGAACUCAGCGCUUAGCUGUGAUAGUGCUGAGACUUAACCCUAAGCCACCAGGGAGACCCCAAUUUUCCUUUAGUUUAAUGCCUUUAAGCUGAGGCUGGGAAAUGGGGAGUUGAGAGGCGGAAAGUUAUUUUCAAUGUCUUGGGCAGUGAGAACCAACUUAAUAAUAAAAAAGGAGCUUAUUAUCACCCAAUGUUUUGUUAGGUAACUUACUUAGGAAGAAAGCAAGAAUCACUAGUUAAUCAGAAUACUGGGCUCCCAAACCGUGCCUGUCUGAUACCACUGAGAGGUCACCACGUGUUCUCUGCCCCCCUCAUCCUCCACUCCCCUCACCCUCUGCUCUCCUUCUUUACCAGGGAGAUAAAAGUUGGAAACAGGAACUCAGAACUUUGAAAUUCUGGAAGGAACCUUGAAAAUCACCUGAUUCCAUGAAUUCUUAUGCCAACUUCUGAUACAUGUGGCACAUUUUUUUUUUUUUUUUUUUUUUUUUUUUUGGUCAGUGCUGCUGUUUUGCUUGAAAUAGGAUGAAAACCUGAAGCUCAAUUAAGGCAGCUCCCAGCACCGCUGUGCACAACUAGAGCUCCUUAGAGUAUAGUGUAAGCAGCAUCCAUUCUAAUUUUUAUAGAUGAGUAAACUGAGAACCUAAGAGUUUCCAUGGCAAGUUAGUAGCUAGAUUAAGAUUAGACCUAGUUCCUGAGUCUCAUCUAGUUCAUCUACUGAAUCUCAUAAGUUAUAUAUAAUCUCAAUGAAUAUUAUAAAUACAUGUAUUUAUAAUACAUGUAUGUGUUUUAGAAUGGCUUGAGACUUGCAUUUCACCUGACAGCCAUUUGACUAUGAGGAAGCUUCAGGGAGACAAGUUUUGAGAGAAACCCUUGAGGGAGCUCUUACCUUGUGUCCCCCAGAGGUGAGUGAGAUUCUCAAACACCUGAAGUUACUUUUGUAAGUUAGUACCUAUGAUUGUGAAAGUACAGACUUUUUGUUGUUGCCAAAUUAGUGGUAUGAAAUUUCCCUCCCCCCACGGAAGUGUCUUUCUAAUUUGUUUCCAGUGAGGAAAACACAAAGAGUUGCUAGAGUGACUUGAGAGCAAGGUCCUCAGGCAUGCAACUCACCGACAGCCACCGAGCUUGUUAACUUUGCUGUUUUGUGCCAUUUUCUCCCUGCUUCUGUCAAAUACCUAAUGGAAAAGACCUGUAACUAUUGUAAGGAUAUUACUUGUUGAGCAUCUGUGUAUUGUGAUGGGCAGUUUGCAAAUAUUAAUUCAUUAGCUUUUAAAACCCCCCAGUGAGGUAGAAACAAUAGGUUUCUCCAUUUGGAAAGAAGGCACUUAGGCUGAAAGCCAGCAGCUCAUCUUUCCGGAAGGGUUAGAGCACCUGCAUGUAGAAGCUGGUCUCCCAGAGCCCGUUCUCCCAAACCAUGGUGCAGAACUGCUUAAUGUGUGUGUGUGAUGCUAAGGCCAGAGCUGGGGACUGGGGUCAGCUUUAUGAAGAGCAGAUUUCUGUUCAGUGAAGUAAGGAAUCUUUCUUGUGUUUGGAGCUAAUGAUGAAAGAAUUCCCUGGGAGAAAGUGGAAGCACUGUCAUAGAAGGUGGCCAGUCAACUGGAACUCCUUGUCAUGGAGCUUGAGGGUCUGAACUGGCUGGGUGACUGGAGCACUGUCCCUUCUGUUAUGCUCUCAGGACCUCUCAGCCAAGUGUCCUAAGAGAGGGUCAAAGAUGUUCCAAAAAAAGCAUGGUGGGGACUCCUUAAGAAUCUUUUUCUAACACAAGGGAAACCCCCAGAUUACAUUUUGGUGAGUUGACAUUUAUGUAACUAACUUUCUUUAAUAGAAGUCAACCCUGUUGACAUGGUCAAUGCAAACUCUUCUCCUGACUCACUCAUAUUUUAGGGUUAGAAAAAUUGCAAUGUUCGUAUGUCCUUCUCACUUAACUUCUCACUUAACUCACUUAACUUCAUCCUUACUUAUCCAUUCCCAAAACACUUAUUGCACCCCAAUAGGGUUCCGAGCACAGUACCCAGUGCUCCCCAUGGGGGGUAGGGCAACAGCUAGCCAUUUCCUGGGUUCUGCUGUUGGCUUUAAAAAAAAUAAAAAUAAAAUGCUUCUCAGUUAACCAGAAUUAAACAGCUUCUCUUUAAUUUUAAAAAUAAUCUAUUUCCCCUUAGAAAUCAAGUCAUAGAGAAUUUAAUAAAGUAAAAAAAAAAAAAUCUCAUUUUCCAGCGGUAGCCAUCAUUAAUAGUUUGGUGUCUUUAUUCAAAGGAGAUCAUAACUGUUAGUAGUUUCCUUUUGACUUAAUGUAUUGUAGUCAUUAUUUCAUGUCAAUACAUAGAUUAAUGUUAUAUUGCAAAUGUCUGCAUAAACUAUCACUUCCCAGCUCACCAUAACAUCUGUACCCAGCAGUCUGUUGACAGAACACUUCGACUGUUUUAAGUUUUCUUGUUAUUAACAUCGUCACCAUGAACAUUCUUAGAUUCAUUAUACUGCUAUUCCUCCUGUGUAUUUUUGUGCCAUUAUGUCUGUAGUAGGAAUACAUUCAUAAAAGUCAGAUACUACCUCAAAGUUAGGUGGUGGUGGUUGUUUUGUUUUUUUUUUUUUUUAAUUCUGGUAAAUAUAAUUUCUCCACAAAAUAGGACCAAUUUAUGCUACCACAAUAGUACAUGAGAGCUUUUAUUUUCUCUCUCUUAUAGGACUUACUUAAAAUCCAAACAUGGCUAGUAACUGUUCUGAUUGUUUUGUCCUUGGGAGAAUAGCCUUCUUUCUAUGUAUAAGGACCAGAAUUUCGUCAUCAUUAGGUUUUAUUUGUCCCUUAGCAUCUGAGACUAACUAGAUGUAUAUAGGGGAGCUAGGAAUGACAUAACUCACCAUAUGUCGAACACACUAUUACUCUCAUCUUUUUACUUGAAAAUAUUCACUUUACUGCUUUACAUAUAAUGGUGAUGAGGACCAACUUUUAAAUGAGCUAUCUUGGGUGACAGUCCCUGGUUAAAGUACAAAGCACAAUACAGGCACCCCUAUAAAUUCUUUGAGCCUCUGUUUCCCCAUCUGUGUAAUGAGGAUCAUAAUUUCCUGUCUCUUCCUGAACCAAUUCAACACAGCAGACAUUUCCUGAGCACCUGCUAAAUAGCAAACAAGACUUAAGGUCUUAAAGUUGCCACACUGAAUAGCACUGAUUCCCAAUCAAGAAGCUCAUAAUCCCAAACCUUUCCCUUUAUUUUCAUUUCCUCAGAAAUUUUAUUUUUCCUUAAAGGAAUUUAGGAGGUUGUUUAGCAAGAACCCUGAGUAGAGGUCUUUUAUCACUCUCUUAAAUUUGAAUAAUUCCAAAAUAAUAACAACACCCCUCGACUAGAAAGAAAAGGAACAUACUGCAUGAAGGGCCUCUCCAAUAAUAAAUGCUAACCAGCUGUAAAAAUACAGAGUCAAAUGAUACUUUCAUAAAGUGCUUGAAAAAUUAGAAAAUAUUAUCCUUUUCCUAGGGGGAAAUGAGACAUUUUUAUUUUCUCUGCUAGGUGAAAUGCAACUUUCUUAGGGGUCAACAAACUUGAAUUUUACAAGCUAUAGGACAGAACGAACUGGACUAACAUUGAAACAACUCGCAUACUCUAUUGCAUAUAACUUUUGAUAAGAUGGACAGAACUCUAAAAAGAAUAUGCUUAUGGAGUAACUUUAGAAAUAAAAUGCCCGAUAUGUUUUAUCUGCAACUAUCCACAUGUAAUAUUGUGCCUG